AAGGAACACUGUGGGCUGUGGAGGGAACACAUCUGUCCAUUUGAUGUAGAAAUCGCAGACGUGUCACUGUGGACUUUUAUCUUGGAAUUCAGCAGACGGUGGGACCAUGAAGACUGUGGUGGCUCUGCUGCUGCUCUGUCUGUGUGACCCUGGGCAGAGUGACUGCCAGGCAGACUGCCUCUCCUGCAGCAACAUCCUGCCCAAACAGCUCAGUUUCAACACCAUGGUGUGUCUCAUUGAGUGCAAAGGCAACAUCUCCCCAGCCUUCUCCUGGGACUUUUGUCGUAAGGUGUUGUCGUCGACAGCUUCCUCCCUCAGUGGUACUAUGUGGAAAAAAUCUCAGGAGGAGGCGGAGGCCCUAUUUCCUGAGGAGGUGGAGCGAGGUCUGUUGCUGCCCAUUGCAUUGCAGAGGUUUGAUCACGUUACCCGGGCAUUGGGGGUGGACGAGAGGGAUCUAGGUGGUAAGGGCAGCCAGCUGAGCACUGCCUACAGUUCUCAAGAUGCGCUUUCCCUUGAGGAUGAGUAUGAAGAGGAGGCAGGGCAGGAAGACGGGGAUGCUGACAUGGCAGCAAGAGGACAGGGUGAUGUAGGACUGAGCGUCUCCAAGAGGUUUGGCGGCUUCGUCAAAGGGAGGCACGGCUACAGGAAGCUGAUGUCUCCAGGAAGAUCGUACCAGAAGAGGUAUGGUGGCUUCAUUGGCAUUCGGAAGUCAGCCCGCAAGUGGAACAACCAAAAACGUUUCAGCGAAUUCCUGAAGCAGUAUCUGGGGAUGGGCACUCGGGCCACUGAGUUCAACAGUGUGUCAGAGGACCUCACCCAACAGAAUGAAGUUUAGCUGAGUGCACCUUUAAGCCACUGCCAUAAAACAAUUUCCUGAUGUAUUUUCACUGAUCUUGUUUUGUAUUUCAAUCACCAAUGUGUCAAACUUUAACUGCAGUCAACAAAGUUGACCUAUUGAAACUAAGUAAUUUACCAAAAAGUGAAAAUUCCAGUGGAGUAACUGGAAACUCUUGUCCCCCUGAAACUCCCGUCAUCCCUGGUAUCUUCCAGGCCCCCUUGUCCAGGUCUGGGCGCCCUGAAUCAUUGAGACCUCCCAUUUGGUGCCCCUUGUGGUAUGUAACAGUUAAACAAUCAUGUUUCAUUUGAUUAACUGCCCAAGCACUUCAUGAGAUUUGAAGGAAGCUCCCAAGUUGGAAUCCUUGAGAGUCCUGGAAAGGGUUGCAAAAUAAUAAAGGAUUUAUUUUACUUUAGCAUAAUUGUUGCUUUUCUGAUCCCCUGUAUUAUACAGUAUAUUUUACAUUUUAAUGUCUGUGCUAAAUCUUGUUAUAUGGAGACCUCUGACUUUAGGGGAGUUUCCUUGAAAAAUGUAUAAGAACCUCUGUCAUCAAGCCUAGCAGGAAACCUCUCUUUAUUAUACUACCAUCUUUUGACAAAAUGCUUAACCCAGUCUCUGUUAAAGGACAAUACCAGUGUUUUUUCAUGUUUUGGCAUUAUGGUUAGGCAAUGUCAGUAGCAAUGUAGACUAUAUGUGAUUUGUGUUAAAUAAAUAAAAACAUGCAAAUACACAGCUAAAGCUCACUGAUUUAUCACUGUGCCAAAACACACCUGAGACAUACUACUACUGAAACAGGUUUAAUUAAAAGAUUGCUCUUUCAAUUUGCUGCAAUGGCGAAAUAUGAGAGACUACGCAACACUCAUCAUUCUCGACGUUAUGACCAAGUGAGCCUCAUCCCUGACUGGCUCCUGUGUCCAGAUGCCAGAUUCCUAUAUGUACAAACAGUAUUUGGUAUUUUUCUUUUAACUGUAAUGGUGUAAAAUGUUUUUGUUGCCCGCUAUGACAACUUGUAAAUAGC